AUGGGCGUCUUGUGCCAGUACAAUGAAAAAGAAGGCUUGAGCCCGCUAUCCACUCAAACCGAAUUAGUGGGCAAUGAUGGAAGACCGGCUCAGAUCCCGGCUUCUCCGAGUACUACCACCCGCUACCCAGUCCCGGCAAAGGCACAUUUUUCGACUUUGAUGUCUCAUAGAAAAUCGACGGUUGUCAACCUGGCGUACCUGUACCCUAAGACAAUGGCCUACCGGCUUCAAACUUCAUGGCUGGACACGGCGAUCGUUGAUCCUUGUUUAUUUCACGCGGUAUUUUUCGGCACUUCGUCAUAUAUUGACAUUACCCAGGGCGCGCCUGCAAGCUCAAUCACCCUCUAUCAUAAAACUCAGGUCAUUCGACAGGUCCAACGAGCUAUAACGGAGUGCAACGACAAAGAUAUUCCUACCAGUGCCGUUGCGGCAACAUUGUAUUUGUUUUACCAUACGAAAUUGAAUGGAGAGCUCACCGAGGCAAGAGCUCAUGAAAGAGGGAUGGAUGCAAUUCUGCGCCACUAUCAAUAUGAAAAACCAGACCCGAAUACUUUCUUCGGCUAUCUUCUCAUAGCACGACAUAUAUGGAAUGCUCUGUUUGUCAGGCAGAAGACAGUGUACACUCAACCCCACGCAGGCCCAGCUGGCUAUAUUGGAAAUUACACCAACCUGCUCUCUAUCGCUAUUCAGAAGCAGAUGGAAAGACCAAUACGCUCCAGACUACCGAGUCCGAUCCUAUCAUUCAUUUGUAUCAUUGAAAAAGCUUUCAUGACGGACCCAUCACGAAUUGAACAGAGCAUUGAAACCUCUCAGACUACGUUUUUAGCCCCCGGAACUCCACCAUCGGGAUUGCUCAGAAAUGCUGCAUGCUCGCUGCAGAUAUACAUUGGAAAGCCAUAA